AUGGGCUGGCUCCUGUGGACGCAGCCCCGGGGCCCCGAGGGGGAGAGCGCCCGGGAGCACCAGGAGAACACCAGGCUCAUCCUCGUAGCGCUGCUGGUCUUCGUGCUGAUGUGGGGGCCUUGCUCCGUGCUGGGCUACGUGGCAGCUGUGGGGGACCUGCCUGCCACGCCCGUGGCUUACAUGGCCUCCAGUCUCUGCACUCUCCUGGCCUACUCCAAUUGUGCCGUCACCUCCAUCCUCUGCUUCUACCUCUCUCGCCCUUUCCGGGCCGGGCUCAGGGACCUCUUUCGCAGGCCACUGGCAGCCAGGUAUCCCAGGGCUGUGGGCGGGGCUGGGGUGGUGAUGGAGAGCGUCCAGCCUGGACGUGACAGGGCCCCGGGAAGCCUCUGGGGCCUGGUGGGGGUCUGA